AUGAUCCUUCCUUCAACAACCUUGAUAUUGCAGUUCGAACAAAAGCCGGACGUGGGGGUGCUUCAGCAACAGAUGCAGAUGCGAGAGGCGAAACCCUACAAGUGCACACAGUGCGUCAAGGUACCAUCAUUCUCGAUCGAUCGAUCGAUCCAUCGAUCGAUCGUUUUGCCCUCUCUCCAUCCAAUCGAGAGACCGUCCGUUUCAGACGUUCGCCAACUCGUCCUAUCUGUCACAGCACAUGCGCAUCCAUCUCGGCAUCAAACCGUUCGGGCCGUGCAACUAUUGUGGCAAAAAGUUCACGCAGUUGUCGCAUCUCCAGCAGCACAUUCGGACGCACACUGGCGAGAAGCCCUAUAAGGUUGGUUGUAACUCGGAAAUGAGACAUUUUGACGCAAAAUUGUUAACUGCAAAGUUGUAGAGCAUGCAAUUUUCAACAAUUUUGUAGUUAACCACUACUCAGCAUAGUUAAGGGUUCUUGAGAUAUAGGCAUUAGAAGUAAUCAAAUGAAAAUUUUGAAUGUUCACUCACCGAGCUUCCAUAACUUAAGAACUAGGCAAUUUCAAGUAAAACAGUCAAUUACAAAGUUGUUCAAAAUGCAAUUUGCUACAACUUUUCAGUUGUAACCUUUUGAGAGUAGUCACUGGUUCUCGAGAUAUAUCUCUUUAAAGUUACACACAUAAGAAUCGAAAUUUGCAGUGCAAGUUCACCGGUUGCGACAAGGCCUUUUCGCAACUGUCGAACCUCCAAUCGCACUCCCGCUGCCACCAAACAGACAAACCGUUCAAGUGCAACAGCUGCUACAAGUGUUUCGUCGACGAGCAGAGUCUUCUGGACCACAUCCCAAAGCACAAAGAGUCGAAACAUUUGAAGGUGAGCGGCCCGUCAACGUCCAAACUGUCUGUGGCGGAUAACUUUAAUGAAUUUAGCGUCUUAAGAUUCACAUUUGUCCGUUUUGCGGCAAGUCGUACACCCAACAAACGUACCUUCAAAAGCACAUGACCAAGCAUGCGGAUCGCUCGAAAACCGCCACGUUCGGGUUGGUUUUAAGAUGAUUCUGUGCUGAUAUUGGUUGAAUAUUUGCAGAAACGACGUGCCCGCCGAUCCGUUCGACCCAUCGCUACUCGCGUGGAAUCCGAUGCAAGGGAUGGGCGGCGAGGGCGGACACGACGCCUCUUCGUUCAACAUUAGUGAGUUAACAUUGAGAAAGGGAUGCUCAACUGAUGAUAGGCUCGCUUGCAGACCAGUUCGCCGCCAACACGAUGAUCGGCUCGCACGGCACGCCCUACUCGAACCCGGCCUUUCAGAACAGCGCGUUCAGUCAGCUCUUCAACAUUCGCAGCAAUCGAUACUUGAGCGAGUAUCCGACGACGACGACGACGACGAGCGCGUCAGCCAAGAAUGGAGCCGAUCGGACUCCCGGGUAGGAUGCGAACGAAUGCUUAUCCACAAAUUCGGAUAAUUCAUUUCAGAUUCAACAUGAUCACGCCACUCGAGAACAUUCAACGGUACAACGGCGCGACGGGCUCCGCGACGGCAGUCGUCACGGCCACGGGCUCGGCGGUCAUCUCGGCGACGCCUUCCGCCACGUCAGCAUCCAGUUCGUCGGCCGCUUUCAAUCCUCAAUCACUAAUCAAUAAUAUGAAGAACCAUUCGGCGUACUAA